AUGCCGCACAUUGCCCACCUCAUUGAGAGAAUCAGGGAAGCCCAAUACAUAUCUACCAUCGACCUUACCAAAAGGUACUGGCAAAUCCCAAUGCGACCCACAGACAGUGCCAAAACCGCUUUUGGGAUGCCGUGGAGCUUGUUAGAAUUUGUACAGAUGCCCUUUGGGCUGAAUGGCACAGCGGCCACCUUUCAGAGGCUUAUGGACACCCUCCUUGCACCACACGUGUCAUAUGCGGCAGCCUAUAUCAAUGACAUCAUCAUCUUCACUCCUGAUUGGGACCAACACCUCAAGGCCCUAAGGGCAGUCCUGGGAGAGUUUCAAAUGGCUGGUUUGACCACUGAUCCAAAGAAAUGCAAAUUAGUGGGGACUGAGACGGCAUACCUGGGGUUUCGGGCAGACGCAUCGGGCAACACCCUAGGGGCUGUGUUACUGCAAAGAUGUAGGGAAGAUGAGCGCCCGAUCGCCUUCGCCAGCUUCAUGGCCUCAAAGCGAGUGAGUGGUGAAGUGCCCGCGGACAAGCGGGGCCGCGAGGGGGACGCCGCCCUGGAGCUGGAGGACGCCUACAAGGCGGUGCUGAGGGCGCUGGGGGAGGACCCCGGCCGGCAGGGGCUGCUGCUCACGCCCCGCAGAGCGGCCACGGCCAUGCAGUUCCUCACUAAAGGCUACCAGGAGAGCCCCGAGGAUGUACUCAAUGGUGCAAUCUUUGAUGAAGAUCAUGAUGAAAUGGUGAUCGUUAAGGAUAUUGACAUGUUUUCCCUUUGUGAGCACCACUUGGUACCUUUCUUUGGCAAGGUACAUAUUGGAUACUUACCAAGAAAGAAAGUGGUUGGAUUAAGCAAACUUGCAAGAAUUGUUGAAAUCUUUAGUCGAAGACUGCAAGUUCAAGAGAGACUUACCAAACAAAUUGCCAUGGCAAUUACUGAGGCUCUGAAGCCUGCUGGAGUGGCUGUAGUUGUAGAAGCAUCACACAUGUGCAUGCUUAUGCGAGGGGUUCAGAAAAUGAACAGCAGGACCAUCACCAGCACCAUGCUUGGAGUCUUGCGGGAGGAUCCAAAAUCCAGAGAAGAAUUUCUCACCCUGAUCAAGAAUUAAAUGGAAACAGAUUUUAGUUCAUUGUUGUUUGGAUCAAAAAGCAAAACCAGUUGCCAGAAAUUAAUUGCCAUAUGUGAUAUGAGCCUGUCUGCAGAGUUCAUGUAUUAGAAAUAGCUGUAUUACAGCUUGCUUCUCACUUCUCAUUAGCACCUUGUAAUGUCAUAAAAUAUUUGCUAGAGGAUCUAAGAACUUCUUUUAGUAUUUCCUGAAUGGAAAAAAGACAAAAGGGUAUUUGGGCAUCUGACUUCCCAUUGAUUCAUCAGGUAGGUACCUAGACACCUUUGUGGAUCUGGUUCAGGGUGUUUCCUAACAAAUAUAGCAUGGUGUCUUGAUAACAUUUUUCUAGCUGGAGGUAGAGUCAUGCCUUCCAACAAAGAAAGCCAUUGAAAGGUAAAAUUAGGCACAAAGCCUCCUAACCCCCUUAUACUUAAGUGGGAGUUAGGCACCUAAACAGCUUGGAGGGGUGUAAUCCUGUUACUUUGAUUCAAUAUUCACCCCCUCUCCUUUGUCACUCAUAUGAAGUAAAAAGAGGCAUGAAAAUCAACAGACAUCCCACACGGAUUCUCCUGCUCUAGUGGAAAGUCUGGGAAGCAUUGAGUUAGUGAAACCUGCCCCUGCCAUACCACUUCUUGAUCCUAGUGCAGAGAGCAGUCAGAAGAAUUGCCAGAUGGAAGCAGCAUGACCAGAGUGCCACUGUACUCUAGCAACCACUGUUGAGUGAAUGCCCUUUGGAGGCCAUAGACAGCUGGGCAUAGUUUGGAGAAGCAAUGAGGCUGUGGCUUGGCUAAUCCCAACAUCCACCACAAGAGAAUUUCACAGAACAGAACGGAAUGAGAUUCCCGUGGAUAUGCAUAAAGGGAAUGCUGCAGGAGGAAUAUUUUUUUUUUUUUUGUUUGUUUUUUUGUUUUUUUUUUCCUAAAAUUCUGUUUCUCUUCUACCCAGCUAUGCUUUUAUGUCCCAAAUUACUGUAACACAAUUUUUAUAGAGGAUUCCUGCAGGGUUGGAAGCAACAGCAGCAUCAGACUGGGAUGAAGCUGUGCAUAUCUUGUUUUGUCUUCCCCUUUCCCCCUCUUUCCAAAAAAACUUGAAUUUCCUGAUCCUUUCUUCUACCCUAAAGGACUCUUCCAGAAGGGCUAGAUCUGUUUUUACAUAACAGUAGGA